AUGAAACUGUUCGCAGAGUUUGUGGAUCAUUGCUCCAAACACUCGCAAGAUCAUCCGGAGGUCAUGACCUACCUGCAGACCAGAUACUCCAAGGCGCUGCCGACAUUCCUGACAUCGGUGGAGUUCCGUAACACUCUGGGCCGCUGCCUCACACGAGCCCAGGCCAACGCUGGCAAAACCUUCGUCUUCAUUAAUGAACUCUGCACCGUUCUUAAACAGCACACAGCUCGGAAAAGGAGCUCCAUACAGGCUGUGCCCUCCCAAACAAAACCUGAGCAAAAGAGCAAUGGGACAAAUGUAGCGGAGGAGGUGCUGGUUAAAGGAGAAGAGAAAAAGCAAGAGGGCGACGAGGAAACGAAGAAAACAAAAAGGGCUUCAAGGAGACAGAUAGCAUACCUGGAAAACCUGCUGAAGGUGUAUAAUGAGGAGAUCCGACGGCUUCAGGAGCGGGAGCUGAGCGUGGAGGAUCUGGAGGAGGAGGACUCCAGUUAUAUUCAGGAGCACAAGCUCAAACGCAAGAUGAUGAAGAUCUAUGAGAAACUGUGUGAGCUGAAGGGCUGCAACAUGCUGACGGGGCGCGUGAUCGAGCAGAAGAUUGCCUACAGUGGAACACGAUACCCAGAGAUCAACAAAAAGAUUGAACGUUAUAUUAACAGUCCAGAAGCUCUUUAUAAUCCGCCGGACUACACGGAUAUCCUGAAGGUGGCUCAGCACGCCAACGAACGCUACAAUCUCCAGCUCACCCGCAAACAGAUAACACAAAUCGCUCAAGAAGCCUUCAGGGAGACGGGCAACAAACUGCAGGAGAGACGCCAUCUUGACAUGGUCUACAACUUCGGCUCCCACCUCACAGAUUCCUACAAACCCACGUUAGACCCUGCACUCACUGAUCCAGCACUGCAUCGCAAGCUCCGCUCAAACAGAGACGUGGCUCUCAGCAGCCUGGAGGACGUGAUCACCAAAUACGCCAAUAAACAGGAAGAUGUGGAGGUAGAGGAAGUGAGGAAGAAACAAGAGAGAGACAGACAGAAAAAGGAGAUGAAAUUUACGCCCUUGCUUCCGUCACGCUUUCAGGCACUUAAUGGGCAGCAGAGUGACAGCAAAGAAAAAGAGAGGGAGGAACAGGAUGAAAAAGAGGAGGAGGAAGAUGAAGAAGAGGAUGAUUCCUCUGAUCCUGACAUUGAAGAGGAGAUCCAAGCCAGUCAAGAGCAAGCUGGUCCAGAUGAUGAUGAAGAGGACGUUGAAGAGGAGCAGUUGAACACCAGUGACCAUGAUCAGCCGAUGGAUGAGAACUCUCCUCUGUCAAUCAAAUCAUCUGUGCAGGACACAGAGGAGGAUCAGGGCGAUGACGACCAGCGGUCUCCAGCCAGCAGCUCACAUGAGGAGGGACCUGUGGAAACGAGCACAAAAGGCAGACCUGUGAAACAAAGCCCUUCAUCCACAGAGAGCGUCAGUCAGUCAGAGACCAUGGACUGGUUGCCUAUCAGCAAAACAGAACUGAUUUCUACUAAUCACAUAAAAUCUGUUUCUGAAAGCACGGCUAACUGCACUGAGACUUUCUCCACCGAUCAGGACUCGCCGUCAACCCCCGUGAGAUCAGCCAACUGCAGUCCUCUACCUCCAACAAGCCCUUUACUGAUCGACGAGAUGGGCAACUACAAGAAGAGGAAACGACCCUCGACUGGAAACCAAACGGCCACCUACAAUGGGAACUGCACACAGGACAGUGAUAUUCCUCUGGAUAUGGGUGUGAUCUGCUGCCCUGGAGAAGUAGACUUGACCAGGACGAUGGUCAGAAGCGCACGAGCCACACCACCGCCUAAGAAAAAUAAGGUGAACGUGGCGACUCAGUGUGACCCAGAGGAAGUGAUCGUUCUGUCUGAUUCAGAUUGAGUUCUCAUCCUGCUCCAAUAGUGCCUGCCAAUGUGAACAGAGAACAAAAAAAAACUCUUUUUUUAUUUUUGACUGGUUCAAUCAGGUUUUGAACUUCCGCCACUGAGACGCAAUGCCACUGUUUACUUUUUAUACAAGGGAAAAUGGCAUGCCGUUAUUCAUUCAGGCUUUUUAGAGGUAUUUUGGUAAAUUGUAAAUGGGUCUUGCCUCUAAACAUUCUUACUCCAAGGGUUUAUCUUGUAUUAUAUUUAUGGUUUUAGUUUGAGGGUUUGGAUGCAAUCCUCAUUUGUGCUUGGAGUCAUGACGGGAAGUGAGCUUUCUCUCCUCAACUCAAAUGCACUCAUUUUGUCUAGUGUUUGACUUAAAUGUUGAUAACUUUGUACAGUGCACUGUGGAUUUUUUUAAGCAGCUCUAGAAAUAAUUUUCCACAAGUUAUGAGCUACUUGACAUGCUCCAAUUUACAAAUGUUGGAAGUGUUGUUCAGAUUACAUAUUAAAGAAGUAGUUCACACUAAAAAUAAAAAUUCAGACUUUUACUUUUUUUUUGUGUAAUACAGAAAAAUAUCAGUAUAUGGAUUCACAAGGACAUAAAAUAUAGACUGAAUUUUUAUUUUUGGGUGACCUGUCCCUUCAACUGGCCUCAGGUGACAAAGCACAAGAGUUAUGUGUCCUCUUACACACUUGACGUUUGGUAUUGAGAAGAUUUCUGUAAACUGCUGAUGAUUGAUCUAUUAAAUUGAUCAAUAUUGUCAUUUAAAAUGGUUUUUAAUUACUCUGUUUAACUAAUUGAGGAUUUAACUGGCAUGAAAAUGGACAAGGUACAUCAAACGAAUGGUAACCAUAUUAAAUUUGUUGUAAUAAGCAUUUAUAUUAAUAACCAGGUUUGUAUUAUAUGUGCAAAACUGGCUUUGAAUGUGAAAUUUUAUUGUUCUAAGGCCAUUAAUUUUUGAUUCCAUCAGUCUGGUGGAUAAAUAGCACCUUAUUUUAUAAUAAUAA